AGGCCCCCGGGAGCAGCCAGGGCACGGCACAGCCGCUCCAGCCCCGAGACAGCAGCAGCUGCCCCUCAGCUCCGGCUCCUCCGCCGCCAGCACCGCGACCCCCAAAGCACCAGCCAUGGACAGAUGCAGAGCUCCGUGCUACGAGUACCCCUCGUGCCCCGACGUGCUGAAAGCCCCGAGGGAGGAGGUCGCCUACGUGACCUGCACCUACAGGUCCACCGGCAUCGACCAGCCCGAUUUCCUGGCCACCGUGGACCUCAACCCGCGCUCCUGCCACUACGGCCAGGUGAUCCACCGGCUGCCCAUGCCCAACCUCAAGGACGAGCUGCACUGCGCGGGCUGGGGCCCCGUCUGCGGCUGCUUCGACAGCGGCGCCGCGUCCAAAAGGACCAAGCUGGUCCUGCCCUGCCUCAUCUCCUCCCGCAUCUACGUGGUGGAUGUGGGCUCCCAGUGCCGGGCGCCUCGGAUCUGCAAGAUGAUUGAGCCCGUGGACGUGUUCUGGAAGUGCAACAAGGGCUACCUGUCUGUCACCCACCCCCUGCCCAACGGGGACGUCCUGGUCGCCAACAUGGGCGACCCCGCUGGCAACGGCAAAGGCGGCUUCGUGGUGCUGGACGGAGAGACCUUCGAGCUGAAGGGCAACUGGGAGAACGAGUGCGAGGCUCCCCCGACCGGCUACGACUUCUGGUACCAGGCCCGGCACAACGUCCUGGUCAGCUCGGCCGGGAUGGUCCCCAAAGUGGCCGGGCGUGGCUUCAACCCCGAUGACCUCAAGAAAGGGGUCUUCGGCCGCCGCCUGAACGUGUGGAACCUGUCGUGCCGCAGCCUCACGCAGUGCUUCGACCUGGGCGAGGAUUCUCUGCCGCUGACCGUGCGCUUCCUGCACAGCCCCGAGGCCGCCGAGGGCUACGUGGGCUGCGCCCUGAGCGGGGCCAUUUUCCGCUUCUACAAAUCCUGCGAGAGAGACAACUGGGCCGUGGAGGAGGUGAUCCGGAUCCCGGCCAAGGACGUGUCGGGCUGGAUCAUGCCCAAGAUGCCAGCCUUCAUCGCCGACCUCGUCAUCAGCCAGGACGACCGGUUCCUGUACGUGAGCAAUUGGCUGCACGGGGACAUCCGGCAGUACGAGCUGUCCAGGAACUGCAAGCCCCGGCUGGUGGGGCAGGUGUUCGUGGGGGGCAGCAUCCUGCGAGGGGGCCCCGUGACCGUGUGCAGGGACGAGGAGCUCAAGUGCCAGCCCGAGCCGCUGGUGGUCAAGUGCAAGCGCGUGUACGGCGGCCCCGCCUCGCUGCAGCUGAGCCUGGACGGGAAGCGGCUCUACGUGACCAACUCCUUCUACAGCACCUGGGACCGGCAGUUCUACCCCAGCCUGGUCAAGGAGGGCUCGGUGAUGCUGCAGCUCGACGUGGACACGGACAAGGGCGGCCUGACCGUGAACAAGAACUUCCUGGUGGAUUUCGGCAAGGAGCCCAACGGGCCGUGCCUGGCGCACGAGAUUCGCUUUCCCGGCGGCGAUGCCAAAUCCGUGACCCUGCCCUGAGCGAGCCCGGCAGCGCCGCUGUCCCCCCGGCAGCGCCGGCCUCGGCAAAGGGCGCCGGCUGCGGGACUGGGGGUCCCGGGGGGCUGGGCCUUGGGGGUGCCCUGGGUGAGGGGACUGGGGGGGGCUGGGCCUUGGGGGUGCCCUGGGUGAGGGGAUUGAGGGGGGCUGGGCCUUGGGGGUGCCCUGGGUGAUUCUGGGCUUUAGGAUCCCAUGGGGGAUUCCCGCUUUGGGGUCCCCUCGGGUAAUUUCAGGGUUCGGGGUUUCCCCCAGGCCAUUCCCGGCCAUUCCUGUCCCCGUCCUUGUCUCUGUCCCCGUCCCUGCUUUCCCUGCCAUCAAUAAAGUUGUUUUCAGCAUCA